CUCUCCAUCUCUCCUCUUUUUUAGAAUUAUCUCUCAAACAACUCAUCUCUAUUUCUCUCUUUCUCUUCUCUCUCUCCUCCCUUUUUAUAAUCUAAUUAACACACUAUUUCCUCAUUAUUAUAUACAAAGAUCCAAAGAAAACAAAGUUGUAGCAAAUUGUAAUGGCGAAAUUCGGCGCACUCUUUUUUAUAGCUCUUAUUGUUUGUUCUACCACUCUAAAUUUUGCUGCUCGUCCUAUGCCAGAUUCUCCUCAUGGGGACUCGGAAAAAGAGAAUUUGAAGGUGAAUGACAUUGAAAAUUGUCAAGGAGCUAGUGAUGAGGACUGUUUGCUGCGGAGAACACUCGUGGCUCACACUGAUUAUAUCUACACUCAAAGCCAAAAUCCUUGAAUAAUACUCCGUACCUCGUAUAUGAUUUCAGAUUUUGCAGGAAUUAUCUUUUUGAGAAUUUAAUGUUAAUUAUAUGAUUACCAUUUACUCGUGUGCUUUAUCAAUCUUGAUAUAUGAGUUAUGAGUAUGUCAAAGUUACUUUAUUUAAUACUCGUAUUUCCUUCGAUUUUUUUUGUUUUUCACAACUUUGACUCUUUUUGGUCUUACAAAAGGAUUGCAAGUGAGAAAAACAAAAGGUAUCGAAAGGAAUAACAUGUAACAGCACAUAUAAUUAAGAAAUUUCAUUUUUUGAAUUAGUUUAUGUACGAA